AUGGGCCAGAGCCAGUCGUCGGGCGGGGGCAGCACCGCCACGGGAGGCUCCCAAGAUGUCAAGACCAGCUACUACGUCCUCCUCGGGGUAGAGCGAACGGCGACAGAGGACGAGAUCAAGAAGGCGUACCGAAGAAAAGCACUCGAACUCCACCCCGACAGGAACUAUGGCAACGAAGAGGACGCGACGAGACUCUUCGCAGAGAUCCAGUCUGCGUACGAGGUACUGUCAGACCCUCAGGAGCGGGCUUGGUACGACAGCCACGAAAGCGCCAUCCUGCGAGGUGAUGACGGCGGAGAGGCCGGUGCCCCAACGUACGAGGACGUACGCGUAACCACGGCCGAUGACUUGGCUCGCAUGGUGAGCAAGUUCAACCGCAAUGUGGAGUUUUCCGAUUCCCCAUCUGGAUUCUUUGGAUACGUGAGGGAGACAUUCGAACAGCUGGCCAAAGAGGAAGAUAUCGCAGCAAGUUGGGAGGAUGUCGAGAUUCGAGACUAUCCCAGUUUCGGUCACAAGGACGAUGACUAUGGCGAUGUCGUCAAGCACUUCUAUGCCGCGUGGUCAAGUUUCUCAACGGUCAAGCCGUUUUCCUGGAGGGACAAGUACCGGUUAUCAGAAGCACCCGAUAGGUGGUACCGACGACGUAUGGAGCAAGAGAACUUGAGAUUACGAAAAGAAGGCAAGCAAGAAUUCAACGAAGCUGUACGGUCUUUGGUAGCAUUCAUCAGGAAGCGGGACCCUCGAUAUGUACCCAACACGCAAACGGAGGCUGAGCGAGCCAAGAUUUUGCGUGACGCUGCAGCUGCACAGGCUGCUCGAGCACGGGCGGCGAAUGCUGAAAAAUUGGCCGCUGAAGAUAUCCCAGAAUGGACCAAGGUUCGGGAACCCGAGGAGCUGGAGGAGAGCGAGGAGGAAGAAGUCGAGGAAGAGAUCUUCGAGUGUGUCGCAUGCAACAAGACUUUCAAGAGUGAGCGGCAAUGGGAAGCUCACGAGAAGAGCAAGAAGCAUCAGAAAGCUGUGAAGACGCUUCAGCACAAGAUGAGGAAGCAGAACGCACAUCUCAAUCUGGAUGAAAGCGGCACUGAAAGCGGCGUGGCGACUCCUGAUGUAGACGACGAAGAGGAGGAGGUUCUCGACGAUCUCGCCGUCGAAGUAGAAGACCAUGAAGCCCAGAUGAAUGGAAAGGAAGACGAUGACGACGAACAUAUCGACGACCUCGAAAAGGCCGAUGACGACGACGAAGAUACAGGUAGCGACAAGGAUUUCCCCAAAGACAACACUCCCGACACAAACGACGCCGAAGUAAAAGAAAAAUCAGCAUCACAAAGCGACGACCCCUCCAACUCCGAGGACGAAGACGAAGAUUACGCCCCUCGCGAAACCAUCCAAGCCCGCAUGGCCUCCGCCAGCCUCGACCCCUCACCCAAAGAACCUUCCGAAGAAGACGACUCACAAGCCUCCAAACCGAAGAUCGGCAAGGCGGCGCAGAAACGAGCAAAGAAGGCUGCUGCGGCGGCGGCUUCGGGUCAGCAGGCAGAGGCGGCGGGACAUCGGUGUCAGGUCUGUAAUGAGGAGUUUUCGUCUAGGACGAAGUUGUUUCAGCAUGUUGAGCUGGAGGGGCAUGCUGCGCUGAAGACUGUGGGUGGGGGUGGGGGGAAGUGGAAGAAGGGAAAGGGGAAGCGGUGA